CAGCUGACCUAGCCACCUCCUAUCAUCGAAACAGUCCACGCCUACCAGCAGCCUCUGAUUUCGCGAUGACCGGAAGCCUUUUUGCCCCGUCUCGCGGGCCCACCAACUAGUGCGGGUCGGAACCGGAAGUUCCUCUACCCCGAUCAUCGGGGCACCUCCCCGUCGACUGCACAGGCGCGGAUUUCUGGUGGGUCCUCUUUCAGGACAAGAUGCUGUGAGUGUACACACGCCGGCCUGCUUCCAUUCACAGACAGCUGGCUUUUCAGCUGGGAAGCCUUUUCUUUCUUUUUUUUUUUUUUUUUUUUUUUUGUGGGUGUCUAUCUUGCCAGUUUACUGAACUUAUGAAACCAUGGCAGAAGGAGAGACAGAGUCGCCUGGGCCCAAAAGGCGCGGUCCCUAUAUUUCAUCUGUCACUAGCAGGAGCGUGAACUUGAUGAUUCGUGGAGUGGUACUGUUUUUCAUUGGAGUCUUCCUUGCCUUGGUGUUAAAUUUACUUCAGAUUCAGAGAAACGUGACACUCUUUCCACCUGAUGUGAUCGCAAGCAUCUUUUCUUCAGCGUGGUGGGUGCCCCCGUGCUGUGGCACGGCCUCAGCCGCGAUUGGGUUAUUAUACCCCUGCAUUGACAGGCAUCUAGGAGAACCACAUAAAUUUAAGAGAGAGUGGUCCAGUGUGAUGCGGUGCGUAGCCGUCUUUGUCGGCAUAAAUCACGCCAGCGCUAAAGUGGAUUUUGAUAACAACAUACAGUUGUCUCUCACACUGGCUGCACUCUCCAUUGGACUGUGGUGGACCUUUGAUAGAUCUAGAAGUGGUUUUGGCCUUGGAGUAGGAAUUGCUUUCUUGGCAACUCUGGUCACUCAACUGCUAGUCUAUAAUGGUGUUUAUCAAUAUACAUCUCCAGAUUUUCUCUAUGUUCGCUCUUGGUUACCGUGUAUAUUUUUUGCCGGAGGCAUAACAAUGGGAAACAUUGGUCGACAACUGGCAAUGUAUGAAUGUAAAGUUAUCGCAGAAAAAUCUCAUCAGGAAUGAAGAAGGCAAAAAUAUAUCUUUUGUACAGAAAGACAAGCUGAAAAGGGCAUGAUAGCUAUUCCAACAAAACUUCGGACUGUAAAAUUGCCAGGAUGCAGUUUUCCCCUUGAUUGGUGUACAGGUGUGUGCGUGUGUGUACGUGUGUGUGUGUGUGUGUAUGUAUGUAUAAAUAUAUAAAAUAAUAUAUACACACACACAUACAUAUGCACAUAUGCAUAUGCAUGCACAUACACAUAUAUUACUGCAAUCUGUGAUUGCUUCAUCUGUAAAUCAGUUGCAAGCCUUUAUGUAUUUGACUUAAAUAACUAUAAAAUAUAUAUGUACUACAUUAAACACACGUUCAUUAAUAGAUGAAAUUUUUAAAUUAAUUUUUUAAACAUACCAUAUAUUGUAUCACAAUGUUGAUGUGCCAAAAUAUUCUGUUAUUGUCAUGCAGAGUAUAAGAAUGCUCGAACUGUUUGCAAGCUUAGUGAAAUAAAAUAAGAGGAAAGCCAAAAAAAAUAAAAAAAGAAAGAAAGAAAAACAACAAUGGCAAGAAUGGAAAGCUGGCAUAUUCUCUUUUGCUUACUGUUGUGCCUUUUUUUUUCCUAAUCCCAGCAGUUUGAACUGUGGGUGCCCUAAUGUGUGGUUAGUUUCUAUUUUAGUGUUGUCUCAGAGAGCUUUGGGUGUUUUAAUUUAUAAUGAAAAUGAACGUCCGUAAAACAUUUUCAAACCUGCAUUACUGUAGAGAGUUCAAAAAGGAAUUACACUGGAGGUAAAAGUGUUGAGCAAGAGAGGUUAUCAGCAUUAAAUUGCUUUAAGUCUAAUCUGUAAGACUAUAUAUAAUUAAAAGAAGGUACUGUUGGGAAAUCCAGCUGGAAUAAAUGUGUUUUAGAAACAGAAAAAUGACCUUUUACAGUGCCAUGGAGUGUUAAAUGAUACUGUUGUAAUUCAUUGCUCUUGCACAUGGAAAACACAGGAAACCCCUGAAGUUUCUAAUUCUCUUGCAUGCUGUAAUCUGUUGCGUUCUGUAAAGCAAACCACAUUAGCUGGGCUGGGCCGUGUGACUGUUUAUCAUUGGGAUGCCAUGUGGGGAAUGGGUGAGCACAUCACCUUUUAUGUAUUCAUAUGCCCCUCAGUGAAUAGUUUAAGCCUGUUGAAGAAUGUACUGAGGUGGCAUUUUGGGCGUGUUAAAGGUCUUUAUAACAGUUUUGUGCAUAUCUUUCCAACACCUGGAACCAUGUAAGUGUGGUCUAAACAUGAUUUUAGUUAAAAUAUUUCCCCAAUUUUUAUUGAUGGCAAUUGUCUGACACACAAGGGUGGAGAUUUCUGCUUUCUGUGUGUGUGUGUGUGUGUGUGUGUGUGUGUGUGUGUGUGCACGCAUGUACGUGCACGCUGGAUUGUGUGAGAGAGAGGAUGUACACGUAAAAAUGUAUGUGCAUGUGCCCAUGCUCUCAGUGUAUGUCAACUAGAUAUUUUGUAAUUUUUGGUUUGAAACCAUUGCUGUUAGACUGAGAUCUUGUAUGCCAAACUUUAAUCUGCUUUUACAUUUUAAGGCUGAAAGUGAGAAAUUCCUAGAAGGAUUUCAUAUUGAAUAUAUGUACACAAUCUUAACUAUAGUGGUGGUACACAUACCACCAUAAUUUAUUAUUCUAUCUUCCAGAUAAUGUUAUUCAUUUAGAGCAAAUAAGGUAUAUUUUUAGAAUCAACUUUGUAAGCAUUAUAAAUCUUUAAUAAGUUAUAAGGUCUAUGAUGUGUUUACUUUGAAAAUUGCUGUUAAAAGCAAGAUGUAUUAAAUAUAUAAUUAUCA